CACACACACACACACACACACACACACGCACAAACACACACACACGCACACGCACACACACACGCACGUGCACACACGUGGGUGUGUACAGCAGGGAGGGCAGCGUCUCGUCUUCAUUUGCUCAAAAGUCAGAACAGCAAACACUUUACAGUCUGGUCAUCUGAACAAGCAUCAUGCGCUGCUUCUUCCUCCUGAUUUAUUAUUUUCCAAGCGCAUUGUGCUCAGAGCUGCUGAGCCGCCACAGGAGGACCUGGAUCAUCGACUCCUUCACCAUUGAGGAGGGGCAUAAAGGACCCUUUCCCUAUGUUUUGGGCAAGAUAAAACUCCAGAAAGAGAAGAACUAUGACGUCUCCUUUGAGCUGUCUGGGCCGGGUGUGGAUGAGGAGCCAGAGGGAGUCCUGUCCAUUGAUGAAGAAUCGGGCAAUGUGUUUGUCAACAAGCCUGUGGACUACGAGACGCACAAAAAGCUUAAGGUGAUAAUGACGACAAGGAAGGCAGAUUUUUCUAUUGACACUAAAUUAGGAAUUGAUAUUGAAAUACUGGACAUAAAUGACAACCCUCCACAGUUUGAUAUCAAUCUGUAUGAGAUCGACGUCCCAGAGGAGAAAGAACAAGGCUCAGAUAUCCUGAUUAUUUCGGCCUAUGACCUGGACCAGAGCGGGACACCAAACUCAGCAGUUGACUAUAGAAUCAAAUCUGUGUCUCCAUACAUUUCAGACACUGAAUUUUUCCUCAAAAAGUCUGGAAUAAUCUCGUUCAAAGGAUGUUUGGAUCACGAGGCUACAGGAGUUUAUACACUGUUAGUGGAGGCCAGGGAUAAUGGUGAUGUCAUCAGUCUGUCCAGUUCAACCACUGUUCUCAUUCGUGUCCAGGACGGCAACAACCACCUCCCGAACAUCAGCGGACAAACAGGCUCUGGCAAAGUAAAGGAAGACGAGAUUGGGGUGUCUCCUCUGCUCCUGCAUGUGACGGACAGAGACAGCCCAUACAGCCCUGCAUGGAGAGCCAGGUUCAGUACAGGUGACGAGAAAGAGAACUUUAAGAUCGAAACAGACCCACACACCAAUGACGGAGUGCUGAAAGUAGUAAAACCUUUGCGCUAUAAGGAUGGAGCACAAAGGGUGCUUUUCAUCUCUGUGGAAAACGAGUCCCCAUAUUUCUCCUGCAAAGUGAAGGAGAGGACGUCUUCAGGCCUGUGGAAAGUUGACGUGACAAAAACUGGUGAUCCCAAUAAUCCAGCUCUGCUUCAUUCUGUGAAAGUUGUGAUUGAAAUCGAGGAAAUCAACCACCCCCCGGUGUUCACUGAGACUGUCAAAGAGACCAAGGUGGAGGAGAACAUUCCCACAGGAAUCUGGGUAGGGAAAGUGACAGCUGUAGACCCCGACUCCAGUCAUGCAGGAGAGUUUGUGUAUGAGGUAGGACAUGAUCCGGCUGGCUGGGUGACAGUGGAUCCCCACAAAGGAAGCAUCACUACAGUCCAUUCACUAGACAGAGAAUCUCCUCAUGUUGUGGAUGGGGUCUACACUGUUUUACUACAUGCAGUAGAUAAGGGUGAUCCACCGAUGACAGGCACCGCAACACUUAACAUCUGUGUGACAGAUCAAAAUGACAACGUGCCUCAGCUGACAGACUACAGGUUCAGCGUGUGUGCAUUUGAAGGCCCGACCACCACCAACAUCACAGCCUAUGACCUGGAUGAACAUCCCUUUGGAGGGCCUUUCGUGUUUGAACUGCUGGGGGACGUCGAUGGAAAAUGGAACCUGAAUCCCUUCAAUGGGUACACGGCUGGUUUAGUAAAGGAGCAUGACAUGUAUCCCGGUAACCACACAGUGGAUCUGAAGGUCUCGUCCUUGCAGGGAGAGUUUAGUGUUUACAGCCUCAAAGGGACUGUGUGCGACUGUUCUGUGACGCCUAAUUGCCGGAGCCGCGGAGACGCCUCCACAAACACUGCCUUGGGUGCUUUAGGCAUAAUGUUUGCCUCACUGUUUUUACUCCUGUUCUUUCUACUGAUGGCAGUUGUCAUUUCCUGCAAAAAUGAGCUCAUCCCUCUGCAGACCGAGGAGUCCUCUGGAGAAACCCUCAUUGUUUCAAACAUUGAAAAACCAGGAACAGACUGCAAGGUUGAAGACAGUGUCUUGCGGGUGUCCAUUGAUAACAUGCGUCAGAAUGUGGCUUACAGGCAAAGUCUGCAUGGUGGAAAGCAAAACACACCGGUCUUCACUAAGCAAGUUCUCCACAGAAACUCUGGAUAUCAAAGAACUAAAAAUCGUACCUGCCGUGUGAACAUAAGCCAGACAUCUUGGAAUUCUCUAAAAGCCAGUGGUUACAGCCACAACCAACAGAUUGAAGCGAAAGGCACAACAAAUACCUUCCUCAAAAGACACUCGAGCUUUGCGUCAGAUGCAGUUCUCCUCGCUCUGCUUCAUAGGAGGCUCUCCUCUCUCAAGCAGGCAGAAGAACAUGUGGACUAUCAGCCUCACCUCUAUGCUGAGGAGGGGGACUUGGACAAGCUCUCAGAGCUGGAGGACAUCACCAUUCCUGACCAGGAUUCAUUUCACAAAGCUUUAAAUAACUUGGGACCAAAGUUCAACGACCUGGCUUCUAUUAGCAGGGAAUCAAACAGGAAAAAAUGACUACAUGUUUGUAACCAAAUGAUUGUUGUUAAGCAGGGAAUCAAUGUUUUCUGACUGUACAGGCUGUGGUUUUA